CAGCGGUCCCGCAGCCCGACGCCUUGUCCCGCGGGGUGGGCCUGGUCACCGCUUCUCUGGUCUCCUUUAUUCCUGCCUUAGGUCGAGUUCCUAAUAGCAUUUACAUUUCCUUCUCCAACUCGCCCUGCCUAUUCAGCUGAAGCUUCCCUUUCAGGGAGUUACCUAACCACCUCCCGAAACUGUCGUUCUGCCGUUUGCCUAAUUCCUCUCUUUAGGGGGAAAUUUUCUUUGUUCGUUUUUUUUUUUUUUGUCCUCCCCUUUAAGUCCAAGAGAAAUGCAGUGGGGAAGAUUACGUCAUCGCAAUAUAAGGGGUCAUCAUCAAAUUUGAAAUAUUUAAAGUGGAUACAAAACUGUUUCAGCAAUGCAGACAAUUAAGUGCGUUGUUGUGGGCGAUGGUGCCGUUGGUAAAACAUGUCUCCUGAUAUCCUACACAACAAACAAAUUUCCAUCUGAGUAUGUACCGACUGUUUUUGACAACUAUGCAGUCACAGUUAUGAUUGGUGGAGAGCCUUAUACUCUUGGACUUUUUGAUACUGCAGGGCAAGAGGAUUAUGACAGAUUACGACCGCUGAGUUAUCCACAAACAGAUGUAUUUCUAGUCUGUUUUUCAGUGGUCUCUCCAUCCUCAUUCGAAAAUGUGAAAGAAAAGUGGGUGCCUGAGAUAACUCACCACUGUCCAAAGACUCCUUUCUUGCUUGUUGGGACCCAGAUUGAUCUCAGAGAUGACCCCUCUACUAUUGAGAAACUUGCCAAGAAUAAACAGAAGCCUAUCACCCCAGAGACUGCUGAAAAACUGGCCCGUGACCUGAAGGCUGUCAAGUAUGUGGAGUGUUCUGCACUUACACAGAAAGGCCUAAAGAAUGUAUUUGACGAAGCAAUAUUGGCUGCCCUGGAGCCUCCAGAACCGAAGAAGAGCCGCAGGUGUGUGCUGCUAUGAACGUCUCUCCAGAGCCCUUUCUGCACAGCUGGUGUCGGCAUCAUACUAAAAGCAAUGUUUAAAUCAAACUAAAGAUUAAAAAUUAAAAUUCGUUUUUGCAAUAAUGACAAAUGCCCUGCACCUACCCACAUGCACUCGUGUGAGACAAGGCCCAUAGGUAUGGCCCCCUUCCCCCUCUCAGUACUAGUUAAUUUUGAGUAAUUGUGUAUUGUCAGAAAAGUGAUCAGUACUAGUUUUUGUUUUGUUGUUUCAAAAAAAUUAUUAUUUUUUUUUUUGUUUAAAAGCAAGGCAUGCUUGUGAUGACUCUGUAACAGACUAAUUUGGUUGUUGAAGCUGUUUCCGGGUUCCACUCUGGCGAGUAAUCUGGGAUAUCUAGUUAUUUUUUUUCUUUUCUUUUUUUUGGGGGGCGGGAGAGUGUGUGUGGGAUUUGUUUUUAUUUAGUCAUGUUUUUUUUAAUUCAUUAACCAUUGGACAGCCCUUAAGGGGAGGAGGAUAGAUUGAUUCCACAUUCCACUUCCUAGAUCUAGUUUAGAAAACGUGUUCCCCACCUGGUGCUCUUAGGAAGGAGUAUAGUAAACGCCUCAUUUAAUAAUAUACUCCUUUUUGAAAGUUGCCUUUUCUCUCCACCCUUGAGUAGGUCCAGUAUUUGAUGAAACUCAUGAAAGUGGGUGGAACCUGUCUUGCCCCUCCUCUUUUCUAGGAUGCACUAUAUAUGUGACUGUGACUCUCAAGGAAAUUUGUUUGCCAUUUGCUGAUUUUUUUUGAAGUUAAUUUCUAACUUCUUUCACUGAUAAAUGAAAAAAAGUAUUGCACCUUUUGAAAUACACCAAAUGGAGUACGUAAUUAAAAAACAUUUUUUUUCCCUGUCAGUCAUUGUCUUAAUAUGCUUAGCAUAGAUGUGCAGCUUAAUAGUGUAUGAUACAGUGUUCCUAGAACACAGCUGAAGAGCUGGUAUAUAGAGGAAAUCCGAGGGGUGGUGCUAGAAGACAGAUGUCUAUGGGAUGAUUCACAUCCUCUUUCAAGUUAUGAGGAUGGAGACCUGCUUCAUUAAGAAGCUGGGGGUGGGGUGGGGUAGGGUGGGGGUGGGGAGAACAUUUAACAACAUGGGGACCAGUCAGGGGAAUCCCCUUAUUUCUGUUUUGCAUAUGAGGAACCCUAGAGCAGCCAGGUGAGGCUCUCUAGUUUAAUAAAAAUCCUGGGGAGAGUCUUAUGAAGACUCUUCAUAAGUGUUAAUAGGAAUUUUAUCAGCUUAUUUUGGUUGCAGUUUCCAAGUCUUAAAAAUGUUAGGUAAUCUUCCCCACCUUCCCCAAAUCCUACUUCUUGUAGAUUUCAUUAGUGUUGAACCAAUGCUUUCUCAUGUCUGAAUUCUUUGUAUAUGCAUUCUUUUCAGAUGUAUUAAACAAACAAACAAAAAAACCCAUUACAAGUCA